CUUCCGGGGGGAGGGAGGAGAGAGACGGAGGAAGGCAGCCGGGCGUUCCUGCGAUCGCCGCACAAAGGCAGGCGAAGAACCCCCCCCCGCCCCGUCAACACCCCGGGCUUGCUUUCCGUGCCUUCUCCUUAAUUCGGAUCGCCGCUCCCUUAAUUCGGAUCCAGGCCCUUAAUUCGGAUCGCCUCCUUAAUUCGGAUCGACUUGGAAGCGGGUUUGUUUUUUUGGUGGGAGAGCAAGGAAAGGGGCUCCUUGGCUGCUCAGAAAGCCCACCCUCUCUGAAGCGGCUCACGGUCUCCCCGUAUCUCCCUCCCCUUCACAUGCCCCCCACGAUCGCACCCGGAGGCCUGCCCGGGGAUGAGGCGGGGGUCUCCCGGGCUCCCCCUCGCGCCCCAGACCCCCGGGUGGGCUAGCCAAGCCAAGGAAGAGCCCGAUCCGCCGCCGCCGCCCCCCCCCCCGUUUUCUUUCCGGGUCGUCGCUUGACCCCCGCUUAGUCCUUCUCCAUGGUGCAGAUUCUGGCCCUGGUGUGGCGGAGGCUGCUUCGGAAGCGCUGGGUCCUGGGGGUCGUCUUCGGGCUGUCCCUCAUCUAUUUCCUCAGCAGCACCUUCAAGCAGGAAGAGCGAGCCGUACGAGAUCGGAAUCUCCUCCAGGUGCAAGACGAGGAUCACCCGAUCGCGUGGAAAGUGCAGUUCAACUCCGGGAAUGGCAGCCAGCCUGGUAACCAAUGCCGGAACUCUGUCCAGGGGAAGCUGCUGAUCACAGAUGAGCUGGGUUACAUCUGCGAAAGGAAGGACUUGCUGGUGAACGGCUGCUGCGACGUCAAAGCCCCCAGUGCAAAGCUCUAUAGCUGCGAGAGCUGCUUGCCCAACGGAUGCUGCAGCAUCUACGAAGCCUGCGUUUCCUGCUGCUUGCAGCCCAACAAGCAACGGCUGCUGGAGCACUUUCUAAACCGAGCUGCGGUCGCCUUCCGGAACCUCUUCAUGGCUGUGGAAGAUCACUUUGAGUUGUGCUUGGCCAAGUGCAGGACCUCCUCGCAGAGCGUGCAGCAUGAGAACACCUACCGCAACCCCAUUGCGAAAUACUGCUACGGGGAGUACCCUCCGGACCUCCUGCCAGUGUGAUAGCGGCAAGGGGACUGUGGCAGCAAGGAGAGAGAGAGAGACCGGAGGCGUUAGCGAUUGUGGAACGGUGACGUUGUGAGGACGCUCGGACACCUGCCUUUGUGCUGCGGCACCCAACUUAACCUUUCAGGAAAUAGCCUCUUUCAUCCGCCUGUUGCCGCCUCCCUGCAGUUAGAAAAUGGAAUGAGGGCGGUGAGAGACCCUCCGCCGGCUGUCGCCAAAGGACUGUGCUCAGGCACUGCACUGUGGCUACAGUCAGUCCUGCCCCCAUUUUGAGAUACGAACAUAAUAGAAGUUGUGUCUCUCUCCCCGUAGCCUGUGGGCCUUCUCUCUCUCUCUCUCUGGCCUGGCCAACAAACACAGUGAAUGACAAAAGGUCCCUUGAGAUGAGAGAGCGGUGCUCGGUUCCUUGCAGGCGAGAGACGUCCUGUAUCCUCAAACCGUGCUGUGUAAAUACGAAUUAUUUAUUGGGAUGACACUACGGCUCAAAACGUAUUGCAGGGUGUUCUAGAAGACGGUGCCAGGAGGGUGCCGGUGACGUUCUAACAUGGGACAGAGAAAGCCCUUCACCUUAGAUUUUUCUCCAAGCUUUGUCAUUAAUCUUGUUCCGCACGGUCUGAUCUUUGAAUUGAUUUGGCUGUUGCUUGCCAGCAGGGGGCGGUAGCAAAUAGCACCCUGUUUCCUGGCUCUGCAUGGCUUUGGAGCUAUAAAUAGAGCUGAGGUUUCUCUGCAUAUCCGGGGUGGAAAAUCCCUGGCCUGUGGGGCUAUCUGGACCCACCAGGCUUCCCCAUUUGGACCAGGGAGCUUUUUUACCCUAGCACACCCCACACACACACACCUGGUGUCGCAUAAGGAGGCAGCUGUCGCAAAAAAUGGGAUUUACAAAAAAUGGUCAGCUGAUCAGAGCUGUUCCCACAGGGCUUCACAAGCACCGAUGAUCAGCCUCGCUCCCCACAUCGCCAUGAUGUUUGGUGAUUGUCGUGUGGGAAGCCCCCACCCACCUGUCAAAUUCAGCCAGCAGGGAUUAGUGGGUUGUGGUACUGUGAUUAGAUGGCUGUGGGUUGGGGGAAAGUAAACCAAAAAAAAGAAACCUAUAAAUGUAGUACGCAUUGCACAGAUGCUUGCAGUUCUGAAUCUCUGCUACUGCAGUGGCAACCCAAUGAGCGAGGCAUUGAAUGACCCAAGGAGUGGGGUAGGAGAGGUGAAAAUAACGCCAAGGUAUUUGGCAUCUGGUAACCAUUGCGUCCCUUUGGUUUCAAGUAGUAAAAUGGGCGGGCGAGUCUUAAAAAGCCCGGGACACAAAUUCUCACAGCCCUCUAGCAGCUGUGGGGCCUCAUUUACCAGAGGUCAUGUAUUUAGCACAGGCACAGGCAAACUCGGCCCUCCAGAUGUUUUGAGACUACAAUUCCCAUCAUCCCUGACCACUGGUCCUGUUAGCUAGGGAUGAUGGGAGUUGUAGUCCCAAAACAUCUGGAGGGCCGAGUUUGCCUAUGCCUGAUUUAGCAUGAACUCUGGAAGUGUCCACUCAGUUCUGACCAGGUCAGCCUCCUGAUAAGUGUUGUGUUCUAGGAAGCUAAUUUGGUCAGAAUCGAGUAAACACUUAAAUGCAUUACUUCUGGUAAAUGAGUCAACAUAUCGGGGCUUUUAAGGCUUGUCUAAGCAUGUACUACCUGAAACCGAAGGGGUGCAUUGGUUGCCAGAUGUGAGGUUUUUUCCUGCUCUCCUAUCCCACUAAAGAUGCUUUUCUGCUCCAUGUGUCACCUGGAGUUUGGGAGGCAAUCUAUGUUUUGUGAUGCAGCUGUUUUCCUCUCCUGUGACAUCAUCAGGUCUCCUUGGAAUGAGCCACCCGGGCAUAGCUGCCAAGUUCUCCCUUUUUUUAAGGGAAAUUCCCUUAUGCUGAACAGGCUUCCUCGCGAGAAAAGGGAAAACUUGGCAGCUAUGCACCUGGGUGUAGAGCAGGCACCCCCAAACUGCGGCCCUCCAGAUGUUUUGGCCUACAACUCCCAUGAUCCCUAGCUAACAGGACCAGUGGUCGGGGAAGAUGGGAAUUGUAGUCCAAAACAUCUGGAGGGCUGGAGUUUGGGGAUGCCUGGUGUAGAGCAAGCGUGGGGAACCUCUGACCCUCCAAAUGUUACUGAACUACAACUCCCAUCAUCCCUGAACAUGGACCAUGCUUUCUGGGCCUGAUGGGAACUGAUUCAGCGACAUCUUGAGGGCCAGGGUGUAGCAUCCCUGCCCAAGGGUCCACAACUCAGCUAAUGAGUUCUCUCUGACCACAGAAAGCUUUAAUCUUCUGCUGAUCAUGGAAUACUCUUUGUCGCCUCUGAUUUUCCCACUUCCAGUGUGAAACAAAAGUCUAAAUACACUCCCAUCACAAACUAAA